AUGGCUUCAAAACAAGCCUCAAAUAAUAAAAAAAAAGAAACAUGUUUAAAUGUUGAGAUAAAAGACUUUAUUGAAUUUGGCAAUCAAAUUGAUACUAAUGAUCUUCUACCUAAAUGGGCACAAGAACAAGAAAAUAUGGUUCCAUCAAUUAUUACUGAUAUUGAUCAAAUUGAACAACCAAUAAAAUACAUAGCUGGCUUAGAUAUAAGUUUUGUUAAAGAAAGUAAUAAAGCCGUGGCAUCGAUGAUCAUAUUUGAUUAUGAAACAUUAAAUAUUGUAGCUAAAAUCAGUAUAUAUUGUAUUAUACACACUCCUUAUAUAUCUGGUUAUCUUGCAUUUCGUGAAGCUCCAGUGUUUAUGAAAAUAAUUGAUAUUCAAAAGGAGCAUUGUCCUCAUUUGGUACCACAAGUGAUUUUAAUGGAUGGCAAUGGUGUUUGGCAUCCACGCCGUGCUGGUAUUGCUUCACACUUUGGAGUUUUAAGUGGAAUCCCAUGUUUUGGUGUAUCGAAAAAGGUUCUCAAUACUGAUGGUAUUACAAGGGAGAAAAUUGAAGAAUUAUUAGCUGAAAAAGCUCCUGAAAAGGAUCAAUACUUUGAAGUAAAUGGUGACAGUGGAAAUAUUCUUGGCAUAGCUUAUAAUGUGACUGGCUCUGUAAAAAGUGCAGUAUAUAUCAGUGUUGGACAUAAGAUAACAUUGAAAACAGCUUGUGAUAUAUUCAAAUCAGUGACUAAAUAUCGUAAUUGUGAGCCAAUAAGACAAGCUGAUUUACUUAGUCGAGAGAUAGUCGCUCAGCUUUCAUAA